UUUAUCCUGUCAUUAAGGAAAUUUGUCUCUAAAUCUAUCGGGGAAUAGCCGUUACGAAGUAAGCGUUGAACCAGCAAAGACUCCCCUGAAGGGUGGAGGUCUCUGCUUGUUCACUUUUAAACCCGACCUACCCUCAGACAUUACUUCUGGAACUGCUAAGUUUGCUGAUCUGGGCUCUGUUGAUUUAAAUGGAGUUAAAAAUAAAACAAACUGUCUUUUUGGAAAAGGAAUUCCUCCUGCUGAGGAAGAAGGCUUGGUCACUGUAGAAGUGGACGGAAAAAGUGAGAAGACUGGCAAAUCAAGUGAUCUUGGCCAAACAAAAAUUUACUACUAUGAUGAACGCAAAAAGGUUCUCAAGCAAAUAGUCCAAGAUCAAGAGCAGAGUCGCACCUUUUUCGAAGCGUGGAAAACUGCUUGUGAAGGACACUCCACUAAUAGCAGAGAAAACGAGACGAUAUUCCCUAGUUCAGAGGACAUGAAUUCAGGGAAUCCGUUACAUUCACUUCAAGGCUUACUGCUGUUGGUGUAUACAGCAGCAGAAACUGAUGCUCGGCAGUUCAUUGAACUAGUCUUCAAUUCGUCUGCUGGAAAAGUGGUCUUCAACGCCUACAGGUGUACCUCUCCAUUACCAGAGGAUGUUGCGAGAGCAUUUGGCCACGAAGAUACUGCGCAGUACCUUGAGUCCAUAAGUAAAAGAUUGUCUCAAGAUUUAAGCGUCAAUGAAGAAUACUUAAAAGCAAGUCAUAUUUUAGAGCUUGCUGAGGCAGUCAAAAAUCAGUCAAAAUCAGAGGAACAACAAGAUCAAACAGUGAAGAAAGGCGAAGGAGAAAACUGUUCUGAGUUCACAAAUGAAGUUGAUCCAGGGCAACUGAACUACUACAGGAUUUGUUAUGUAGUCACUGAUAUACUAACUGAGGGUCUGCGAGCAAUCUUCAAACAAGAAUGGGACAGGCACUACAAGGCAACCCUUGGAGAGUGGAAAGAUGAACCGAAAAAUGGAAUGGACUUUUGGAACAGAGAAUCCCCUCAAAACAGAGCCAGAAACGCCCGUUUCUUGACAACUAUGAGAAAUGGUGACACAGCUGAAUGGGAUUGUACCACACUGUUUUAUGCCAUCCUUUAUUCCGAUUGCAUGCGCAGUCUCCAUCCAGUUGUUAAAUCAAAUUUGGAUGAUCUCAGAAAAUUUCGUAAUGAAGAAUUUGCGCAUAUGCCACGAGGCUACCUUUCCAGUGGAGAUUUUCAAAAUGCGAUUUUAAAGAUAAAUACUAUAUUUCACGCACUCGAUCUUUCCACUCUGAAAAUUCGUGAAAUCCAAAAUCAGACAAGUUUCCCAACGGAAGAGUUACGAAAUGUUCUAGAGAAAGUUGACGACCUUCAACAAGAGGUUCAAGAGAGGGAAAAGAAACUCCACCAAAAAGACAAGGAACUCGAAGAAAAAGACAAGGAAGUUGAAGAAAAAGAGAAUCAACAACAGACCCUUGAAGAACAAUUGCAAAAUGGAGUCUCCCCGUUUUGUAUUCUCCCUCCUGAACCUACACAUGACGUCUCCCCUCGCGGAUCGGAGGUCGGUAAAAUCACACAACACCUCAAAGAACUCAAAGCUGCUAACAGUGACAGCUUAAGCACCUUGUACUUAUCCGGAAAUCCUGGAAGUGGAAAAUCUCAGCUGGCCCGCCUAACAGCCAAGCGAUUCUUCGACGAAAGCAAAGAAACUCCCGGUGUGAUUUCAUUUGUCAUGACGUUUAAUGCCGAAAGUUCAGAAACACUUUUGGAAUCGUUUGUGUCUUUCGCUCAACAUUGUAAAUGUCCACAUUAUUUAGUUAAAGACACUCGUAAUUCCAAAGAUCUGAGCGCAGAUGAGAAAAUUGCGAGCCUCGAGACCCUAAUAAGCGAAAAAAUUGUUUACACGUCGUGGUUGCUGGUAGUUGACAACGUCACUAGUUUGUCUUAUGUACAUACUUAUUUGCCAGAUCCAGGAAACCAACAAUGGGAAAGGGGUCAGUUGCUGAUAACUACACAAAACAACACGUCCAUUCCUGUGACAAGUUCCUCCAUUCAGCACAUCUCAGUAAGCGAGGGGAUGCUUCCUGAUGAUGCCAGCUCUAUGUUGAGGCUUCUUUCUGGUGUCACAGAUGACAAGACGGAAAAAGAAAUUGCUCGGUCUUUAGAGCACCAGCCGCUUGCUUUGGCCAGCGCCGCCAUCUAUGUAAGACAAGUUCAAGAAGGUAACAUUUCAAGUUUCGGCUGGAACGACUAUCUGAAGAAACUUGAAGAGGGCCAGCAACGUACAACUGAGAACCCCCUCGCCGAGACAAACCCAGGUUACCCAAAAACAAUGACCGCAGCAAUAACAAUCGCCUUGGAGGCAAUGAGUUCCGAUAGAGUAAUAAAUCACUUUUUCACUUUUCUCUCUCUUUGUGCCCCAAAACUUAUUCUAAAAGAUAUUGUGAUCGACUAUAUCAUGGAAAUGGAAGGAGAAUUUGAAGAUAAAGAUGCGAUUGGUGAAAAGAUAAGUCGAUGCCCACUGUUGUUGUUUGAGGAAGAAGAGAGCGGUGUCUACAUUCGAGUGCAUAGAGUCGUUCAUUACGUUGUUAAUUCAGUGACGAAGAAAUCUGCAAAGGAUAAGCAAAUCAAUACCGUAUUAGGGGCUGUUUUAUCCUUCUCCAGAUUCAAGGAUCAAGAUUCUCCGGUAAUUAGCACGAAAAUUGUUCCGCAUUUGGCAAAAGUGAUUACAGACGCCGAAUAUUUGUUUUCUGAAGAAGGAAUAUCUCAAGUCGUUCAAAUUGGUGAAUUCACCUCGCACGACUAUUCUAAGGUCUUUAGAACCCUAGGAAAAAUGUGCUACGAGCACUCUCAAUAUCCUGCUGCAAGAAGCUGCUUAACAGCAGUCCUAGCCAUCAUCAAGUUAGGAGACCCAAGUAAUGAAUUGGAAAAAACAGCUAUUAAUAGUCAACUGGGUCUUGUCCACAGUAAGCUGGGUGACCUAAGGCAAGCAAAGGACUGUCACGAGCAGGCGCUGGAUGUUUACCUGAAAAAGCUUGGACUUGAGCAUGAAAAGGUCGCAGCGUCUUACUCUAACCUGGGUCUUCUACACAGUCUGCUGGGUGACCUAAACCAGGCAAAAUACUGUCACGAGAAAGCACUGGAUAUUUACCUGAAAAAGCUCGGUCCUGACCAUGUUUAUAUCACAACGUGCUACGAUAACUUGGGUCUUCUACACCGUCAGCUGGGUAACCUAAAGCAAGCAAAAGACUGUCACGAGCGAGCACUGGAGGUUUACCUGAAAAAGCUUGGACUUGAGCUUGAAAAGGUCAAAGCGUCUUACAAUAACCUGGGUCUUGUACAUCGUCAACUGGGUGACCUAAACCAGGCAAAAUACUGUCACGAGCGAGCACUGGAUGUUUACCUGAAAAAGCUCGGACCUGACCAUGUUUAUAUCUCAACGUGUUACGAUAACCUGGGUCUUUUACACCGUCAGCUGGGUGACCAGAAGCAAGCCAAGGACUGUCACGAGCGAGCACUAGAUGUUUACUUAAAAAAACUCGGACUUGAGCUCGAAAAGGUCGCAGCGUCUUACAAUAACCUGGGUCUUAUACACAGUCAGCUGGGUGACCUAAAGCAGGCGAAAGACUUUCACAAGCGAGCGCUGGAUGUUUACAUGAAAAACCUGGGACCUGGGCAUGUUGAUGUCGCGGCGUCAUACAAUAACCUGGGUCUUGUGCACCGUCGGCUGGGUGACCUAAAGCAAGCAAAAGACUGUCACGAGCGGGCGCUGGAUAUUUACCUUAAAAGGAUCGGAUCUGAGCACGUUGAUGUCGCAGCGUCUUACAACUACCUGGGUCUUGUACUCCUUCAGCUGGGUGACCUAAGGCAGGCGAAAGACUGUCACGAGCGAGCGUUGAAUGUUUACCUGAAAAAGCUCGGACCUGAGCAUGCUGAUGUCGCAGCGUCUUACAAUAACCUGGCUCUUGUACAUUGUCAGCUGGGUGACCUAAACCAGGCAAAAGUAUGUCACGUGCGCUCGUUUUAUAUUUAUCUGAAAAAGCUCGGACCUAAGCAUGAAAAGGUUGCAAGAUGUUACGAUAGCCUGGGUCUUUUACACCGUCAGCUGGGUGACCUAAAGCAAGCAGAAGACUGUCACGAGCGAGCGCUGGCUAUUUACCUGAAAAAGCUCGGAUCUGGGCAUGAAAAGGUCGCAGCGUCUUAUAAUAACCUAGGUUUUGUAUACAGUCAGCUGGGUGACUUAAGGCAAGCAAAAGACUGUCACGAGCGAGCGCUGAAUGGUUACUUUAAAAAGAUCGGACCUGACCAAGUUGAUGUCGCGGCGUCUUACAGUUACUUGGGUCUUGUACACCGUCAGCUGGGUGAUCUUAGACAGGCAAAAGACUGUUACGAGCGAGCUUUGAAUGUUUACCUGAAAAAGCUCGGACCUGAGCAUGCUGAUGUCCCAGCGUCUGACAAUAACCUGGCUCUUGUACAAUGUCAGCUGGGUGACCUAAAGUAAGCAAAAGACGGUUACAAGCGAGCGCUGGAUGUUUACACAAAGAAGCUUGGACCUGAGCAUGCUGAUGUUGCAGCGUCUCACAGUAACCUGACUCUUGUACACAAUCAGCUGGGUGACCAAAAGCAAGCAAAAGACUGUCACGAACGAGCACUGGCAAGUUUAUGUCCCAACGUGUUACGACAACCUGGAUAUUUUUCACCGUCAGCUGGGUGACCUAAAGCAAGCAAAAGAAUUUCACGAGCGAGCGCUGGAUGUUUACCUGAAAAUCUCAGAUUUGAGCAUGAAAAGGUUGCAGCGUCUGACAGUAACCUGGGUCUUGUACACAGUCAGCUGGGUGACCUGAGGCAGACGAAAGACUUUCACGAGCGAGCGCUGGAUGUUUUCAUGAAAGACGUAGGACCUGAGCAUGCUGAUGUCGCAGCGUCUCACAAAAACCUGGGUCUUGUACACCGUAAGCUGGUGACUUUAAACAAACAAAAUAAUGUCACGAGCGAGCGCUGGAUGUUUACCGGAAAAAGCUCGGACCUGAGAAAAUUGAUGUCGCAGCAUCUCACAAUAACCUGGGUCUUGUACUUAGUCUGGUGGGUGACCUAAGGCAGGCUAAGGACUUUCACAAGCGAGCGCUGUAUGUUUACAUGAAAAGGCUCGGACCUGAGAAUGUUUAUGUCACAACAUGUUACGAUAACCUGGGUCUUGUGCACCGUCAGCUGGGUGACUUAAGGCAGCGAAAGACUGUCACGGGCGGGAGCUGGCUAUUAAGCUUAAAAAUCUCGGACCUUAGCAUGUUCUUGUCGCAGCGUCUUACAAUAACCUAGGCCUUGUGUAAAGUCAGCUGGGUAACACAAAACAGACAAAAGACAGUCAUGAACGAGUGCUGGAUGUUUACAUGAAAAAGUUCGGACCUGAGCACGUUGAUUUUGCAUCGUCUUACAAUAUCCUGGACCUUGUACGCGAUACGCUGGGUGACCUAAAGCAGGCAAAAGACUGGCACGAGCGAGCGCUACACAUCUAUCAUUAAAAAAUCUCGGACUUGAACAAAACCUGGAUCUUGUACGUCAUCAGCUGGAUGACCAAAAGAAGGCAAAAGACUGCCAGGUGUACUUGCUGAGUAUUUACCUGAAAAAGCUCGGACUUGAACAUGCAAAAGUUGCAACGUCUCAUAAUAACCUGCGUAUUGUACACUAGAAAGUAGGUGACCUACAGCAGGGAAAAGACUGUCACGAACUAGCGCUGGAUGAAAUAUUCGGGCUGGAACAUGUCAAAGUAGCAGAUAUUUACAAAAACGUGGGCGCUGCGCACGUUGAUCAGGGUUACAUCUACGAAGCACAAGAUCGUGCCUUCGCAAUUUAUGACAAGAACGUUGGUCCUAAAGAUGAGAAACUGAGAGUCGUUCAGGAUGCACUAGCUCGGCUAUAGCAGGAAAGAGAGAGAGCACAUAGCCCUGGACCUGUUCGCAGUGAAAGGGAAUGUUCCUUAUUUUAAAUUGGACAAUGUUCUGAUAAUAAGUGGCGCUUGGCGGGCGCGGUAACAGAUCACAAAUGAGAAAAAUAGGAUCAAAAGCCGCCGCUAACUGUAAGAACUUUACAUAACUUGGAAACAUCAAUUGCCACUGUUUGAAAAGUAGAGUGUGAUUGUUUAAUGUAAAUUUUAGACUUUUUUAGGAAGAUGGUUCCUCCAGAAUCAAUUCAGUUCAAUUACUAGUUUUUGUGUUUUAUAAAUGUUGAGAUCGAAGUUAUGCUUUAAACUUAGAACAACA